AUUAGAUGAGCUGAUCCACCGGCACCAAUGAGAGAGCUUGAUUAGAACAGAAAAAGAAAGAGAAAAAAAAACCCAUUUUUUCAACACAAUUUAAAACAAAAAGGACCCAGGUUCCCAUUGUUUUCCUCUUCUUUUUUUUUCCUUCUAUUUUUUUUCUUGAUCUAUGUGAGAGCUUCAAUAACCAUUACCCAGAUCUCAAACAACCCCAAGUUUAAUUCUUUGAUUUUAAAAAAAAUCAAGAAAAGGGGGGAAAUCAAGAGGAAAAAAAAACCCAAAAUUUUUGUGGGUGUUAAAAAAUUCAAUGCAGUGAAGGUCUUUGUAAAAAGGACCAACUGAAAAACAAAGAAGGAAACCCAGAUCAAGAAAUUAAAGAUUGAAUCAGGGAAAGAAGAGGAAGGCGUUGGAUCUGAUGGUGGUGGGAGUGGGAUUGGGUGCAGAUCCGAGCAGCGAGGGAUAUUGUGGAGGAGCGGGAUUUGAUAACAAGAACAAGGGUGGCGUGUUUUGGGGUACAGUGGAGUUGUUUAGGUGUGGUGGGGCUGCAUAGACAAGGAUGCAGCUUCACGUCUCGCCUAGCAUGAGAAGUUUAACGAUAUCAAGCAACAAUGGGUUUAUUGACUUAAUGAAGAUCAAGGUGGCAGCUCGACACAUUUCAUAUAGGACCCUUUUCCAUACCAUUCUAAUCCUCGCUUUCUUAUUGCCUUUCGUCUUCAUUCUUACUGCUAUUGUUACCCUUGAAGGUGUCAACAAGUGUUCCUCAUUUGAUUGUUUAGGUAGGCGGUUAGGACCGAGGCUUCUUGGUAGAGUUGAUGAUUCAGGGCAGAGACUAGUUAAGGACUUUUAUAAGAUCCUCAAUCAAGUAAACGCCGAGGAAAUCCCAGAUGGUAUAAAGCUUCCAGAUUCAUUUAAUCAACUUGUUUCUAAAAUGAAGAAUAAUCAAUAUGAUGCAAAGACCUUCGCUCUCAUGUUAAGAGCAAUGAUGGAGAAACUCGAAAGAGAAAUUAGGGAAUCUAAAUUUUCCGAGCUGAUGAACAAACACUUUGCUGCAAGUUCCAUUCCGAAAGGCUUGUACUGUCUUUCUCUGCGUUUAACUGAUGAAUAUUCUUCCAAUGCUCAUGCACGCAGACAACUGCCUUCUCCUGAGCUCCUCCCUGUGCUUUCUAACAACUCUUACUACCACUUCGUCCUGUCAACGGACAACAUAUUGGCUGCAUCGGUAGUUGUCAAUUCUGCUGUUCAGUCAUCUCUGAGACCUGAAAAGAUUGUCUUCCAUAUCAUCACAGAUAAGAAGACAUAUGCUGGUAUGCACGCCUGGUUCGCACUAAACCCUGUAUCCCCUGCAAUAGUUGAAGUGAAAGGGGUUCACCAGUUUGAUUGGUUAACACUAGAGAAUGUUCCCGUGCUUGAAGCUGUAGAGAACCAUCAUGGCAUUCGAAAUUAUUAUCAUGGCAAUCAUCUUGCCGGGGCAAAUCUCUCCAAUACUACUCCUCGAACAUUCGCUUCAAAAUUGCAGGCUAGAAGUCCAAAGUACAUAUCUUUACUCAACCAUCUUCGGAUAUAUUUACCAGAGCUUUUUCCAAACCUUGACAAAGUGGUCUUUCUAGACGACGACAUUGUAAUUCAGCGUGAUUUAUCUCCUCUUUGGGAGAUUGACUUAUGGGGAAAGGUUAAUGGAGCUGUUGAAACUUGUAAAGGUGAGGAUGAGUGGGUGAUGUCCAAACAUUUCAGAAACUACUUCAAUUUUUCCCAUCCCCUUAUAGCUAAGCAUUUGGAUCCUGAUGAAUGUGCAUGGGCUUAUGGGAUGAAUAUAUUUGAUCUCCGCACUUGGAGAAAGACGAAUAUAAGAGAAACAUAUCAUUAUUGGCUGAAAGAGAACCUGAAGUCAAACCUAACAAUGUGGAAGCUUGGAACUCUGCCACCUGCUUUAAUUGCAUUUAAAGGCCACAUUCAUCCGAUUGACCCAUCAUGGCAUAUGCUUGGCUUGGGCUACCAGUCUAAGACCAAUAUCGAGAAAGCGAAAAGAGCUGCAGUUAUUCAUUACAACGGCCAAUCGAAACCAUGGCUGCAGAUUGGCUUCGAGCAUCUUCGGCCAUUUUGGACCAAGUAUGUAAACUACUCCAAUGAUUUUGUUAGGAACUGCCACAUUUUGGAAUUGUAGUUAACGGGGUUAGAGGAGUUAGAAGGGAAGAUAUAAUAGACUCAGAAGAGACACUACCAAGUCUGAGUGUUUUAUUGCAGCCUGAAAAUUAUAUCAAGAUCUAUUUCAGAAAGGUAAGGGGGGAGGGGGGGGAGGUGGGUGAAAAAUUGGGCCAAAGAGGGCAACAAUUUUGAGGAUUGGAUUUACUGUCAUCACUCAAAAAACGCUUAGCCGGAAAGGACCUGCAUUUCUAGCACGACCAUGAAAAUUCUUUCUUUUUCAGUUUGUAACAUAGCAAUCGAUCAAUGUUUAUUUUUUUUGUGUGGGAAAAGGAUACACGUAUUGCUCUUCCUGCAAGGGGGUUCUUGGCUUAUAUUGCUUGUGUUCGGAAUAAGGUGCGAAAAUACACGAGACUCAGAUGUGUUCCCCAUUGAUGUCGCCGGUGUAGGAAGACAAUGAAUGGCUUGAGCAGUUCAUUUGGAAAGGCUCCCACAUCAAACUCAGACUGUUCCUUUCAUUUUUCCUUCCAAUUUCUUUAUAUAAAAAAAAGAAAAAAAAAUCUGUUGGUUUCAUUUUUGUUAGUUCCCCAUAAAUUUUUUUCUUUACUUGAAUUUGAAAUAUUUUUGUUGAAAUUUAGAACAUAGAUUAUGGAGAUUGCUUUGUUACAGCUCCCAUGAAUUGGGGACCUGUUCUUAGGGUAUAUUAUAAUAUAUCUCAGUAUUUGUUAUGUACACUUGACGAGAAACAUUUAAAAGAUUUGCAGAAAUAUUCUUUUUUCCA